AGAGAGAGAGAGAGAGAGAGAUGGGGAGCUACUGCUCUGAAGCAGAGUGCCCUGUCUCGAACGAUGACCCUAAGCCCAGGAGAGCGAGUAAGAAGAAGAAGAAGAAGAAGAAGAAGGGGCAGCGGAGGGCUCAAGAGGAGGAGGAGGAGAUGGUGGAGAAUGGGAGGGAUGGCAAGGCGUGGGAGGCGGCUUGGCCGCGAAGGAGUCGACCGGGCGGUGGCGGGGUGGUGAUGUUGGAGGGAUACGUGGAGGCGGCGGAGGGGUUGGAUCUGGGAUCCGACGUAGGAGGAGAUGGAGUGGGGCGGACGAUGAGCCUGACGGACGACGACUUGGUGGAGCUCAAAGGGUGCCUGGACUUGGGGUUCGGAUUUAGCUACCGCGAGAUCCCGGAGCUAUGCCACACGCUGCCGGCUCUGGAGCUUUGUUACUCCAUGAGCCGGUCGUUGGAGGUCGAUGGCGGCGAUGCAGCGGCGGAGCCCUGUGCUGCCGCGGUCGCUUCCCUUCCCGUUUCGAACUGGAAGAUCUCCAGUCCCGGUGAUCCUCCUGAUGAAGUCAAAGCAAGGCUAAAGUUUUGGGCCCAAGCAGUGGCUUGCACUAUAAGAUUAUGCAACUGAUGGACCAGUCUGGGGUCAUCCUUGGUGUUGGCAAAGUAUUAUCUUUGAUGAUCAGCCAAUGGGACUUUGCAGAGCAAAUUCUCUACUUGUGCCUUGUUGCUAUAUGCCUUCAUAGACGCUCUGCGAUUCUUCUCUUGCGAACAGCGCCGAUGGCCUCUGAUGCAAAAGAAGCACAAGAGGCACAGAAGCAUGUGUGAGGCCUGGACUGAAUGAUAUUAUCAUGUGGAUCUGCAUUCAUGUACCCAGAACUAUGAUGAACAAAACACUUUCCUUUCCUAAACUUCUGCAGUGUGGUGUUAUUGUUUGUGGCAAAUUGUUGCGGUAGAGCUGUUCAAGUAAGUCUAUUUGUUCCACAAGCACGCCAUACCGAACAGAAGGACAUGAAGCUUAGGAAUUGGAUGCUAAACUUCUGCUAUUGAAGCAAAUGACAGUCUGAUUUGCUAAUUUUUCCACUACAAUUUAGCUCUGCAGCUUACAACAGUCAUCUUCAUUUCUGUCUACAGCAUAGGCAGGUUUUUUUUAUGUGAUUUCUUUUUGACAUAAGGAGAUCAAAAUAAGAGUUUUUCUUCCUAGUGCAAUUGUGAUUGUGUUGCAUUUGAUGAAAAUGUCAACUGAAGCAAAUUUCUGCAUUAGAUAUAUGUAAUUCAUUUGUUGUUCAUUCUGAUA